AUGUUGAAAUCUGCUGCUGCCCUCCUCUCCCUUGUCGGUGCCGUCACCGGUUUUGCCCCUGCCGCAACUGGUCCAAAAACCAGCACCAACUUGAACGCAGAGAAGAGCCCUGCCGUUCCAUUCCUUCCAUACCCAGAGAGCUUGAAGGGAUACACUGGUGAUGACAUCGGUUUCGAUCCUCUUCGAAUUUCUGACUACUUCCCCAUGGAUUACCUUCGUGAGGCAGAACUCAAGCACGGACGUAUUGCCCAACUUGCUAUUGUUGGAUACAUCUGCGUUGAUCAAGGGGUUGUCCUUCACCCUCUAGGACAAGGUCUUUCUUCCGCCGCUGCUCAUGACGUCAUGGUCCAAAACGGAGUUAUGGGUAACAUGCUUGUGUUCAUUGGUCUUUUCGAAAUGGUUUCGUGGAUCGCUGUCUCUGAGAUGCUUCAAGGAUCUGGAAGAGCACCAGGUGACUUCGGAUGGGGAUCGCAAUUCAUUGAAGGAAAGAGCGAGAAGGAUGCUGAAUGGCUCAAGUACCAAGAAAUCAUGAAUGGACGUCUUGCCAUGAUGGCCUUCGGAGGAGCCGUCACACAAUCUGUUCUUUACGACGUUGGUUUCCCAUACCUCAACUAA